AUGGGAUUACAACGUCUAACUAUAUCAUGUAUAAAAAAAGGUAAAAAAAUAUUAACAACAAUAUUAAGACCAAUAUUUGGAAUAUUUUUUGCCUUAUCUAUAUUAAUGACAUCCUAUUUUGGAAAUUAUAUUAUGUGUAUUAUAUUACCAUUAAUAUUUUUUAUGGGUCAUAAAAAAUUUAGAAAUUUAGCUGAUCAGGCAAUUGCUUUUUGGUUGUUUGUUCCAAUGUCAUUAUUACAAUAUUUGUUAGGUGUGACUGUUCGCCUUAAUGGUGAUAUAAUUGAUGUUACAAAACCAUCUAUUAUUAUUAUGAAUCAUAGGACAAGAUUAGAUUGGUUAUAUAUUUGGAAUGCAUUAUAUAGAAUGAAUCCAUGGUUAAUUGUUAAUUUAAAAAUUGCUUUAAAAAAUGAAUUACAAUAUUUUCCUGGUGUUGGUUUUGGAAUGCUUACCUCAAAUUUUUUAUUUUUUAAACGUAAAAUGGUUGAGGAUGGUCCAAUGAUAGAUGAAUGUAUAGAUUAUUUUAAAUAUCUUAAUAAACCAUUUCAAAUUUUUAUGUUUCCUGAAGGAACUGAUAAAUCAGAGUAUACUACAAUGAUAAGUAAUAAAUAUGCUUUAAAAAAUAAUUUAGAACCAUUAAAUUAUUGUUUAUAUCCAAGAACUGCUGGUUUUGUACAUUUAAUUAAAACAAUGAGAAAACAUAAUUAUAUUUCUGCUGUUUAUAAUAUAACAAUAGGUUAUCCAAAUAAUAUUGUUCAAAGUGAAUUGGCACUAGGAUUAAAAGGUGAUGUACCAAAAAAUGUUCAUUUUGAUGUUGAAAAAAUUGAUAUUAAUAGUAUUCCGGUUGAUGAUGAAGAUGUUAGUGAAUGGUUAACAGAAUUAUGGCAAAAAAAAGAUAUGAAAUUAAAAAAAUAUUAUCAACAGACAUUGGCAAGUAGGAGAAAAUUUGACAAUAACAAUAUUGAAGGAUUAUGGAUAAAAGAUUCAUGGAAACAAUUUUCUGUCAAAAUGAUAUCAUUUUCUGUUUGGUGUUUAUUAUGUCCCCUAUUCUAUUAUCAUUUAUCAUUUUUAUGGAUAGUACAAAUAUUAUUUAUAUAUAUGUUAAUUGUUAAAUUUUUUAUAUGGCUAAUCUUUGGUAGAGUUGAUUAUUUUAUUAGAUGGUUUUGGAAACGUGAAACAAACUAUAAAAAUCAAAAUGUAGAGAUAAAUUAA